UCAUGUUGAUGCGGUCAAAUUGAAAAUUGGUGCAAAAUUAAAAACAAAAAUUGCCGCCAUGUACAUGCCAAGAAGAACCACGGAAUUUCGAGAGGAAUCCCGUAACGAUGUCAGUGUGGGCGGUACCAGGCGGCCGACCAGAUCGCAGAUUCGAAUGUCUGCUGCUACUCCCAUGUCGGGAAAAGCAGCGCCACCUACAAACAAAAGGUCGUCGGCAUCCCGUUUGGCCCAACCCUUGUGUCUGGAACGUGAUCGUGCCACCCAAAUGUAUGGCAGUACGCCCAAUCGACGGCUUGGCUCCUCCGUGGAGCGAACGGGUCCACAUCAUUUAGACAAGAAAUGGGUGGCAGAAAGGACACAGGCAAUUGUGGAGUAUCUGGAUGCCGUGCAUUCCGACCAGCCCAUUCCAGGUGUGGCCAAUGAUUUCUUCCAGCGCAGCGGCUGCCUACGUCAAAUGACAAUGAAGCAGUUCAUCGGCAUUGUCAAUUUCUUUUUCCAUAACAUCUGGCGUAACCGGGUCACAGUCAGUUCGGUCAAUAAUAUGGCAGCGGAGAACAUAAUGAGUGCCCUGACAAAAUUGAAAUAUCCACACCAGAUAAAUAAGUCUAGCUUAAUGACGCCAACGACACAACAUUCCUUUGGCCAAAUCAUUGUAAUGUUGGACUUCCUAAUGGAUCUGGCCCAUCCACCCCCAGGUGAAAUAGAGGAGGACGAAUUUCCAUUCAUGGAGACGGCCGAACAGAUUAGCAUGGCCAGCGAUUCGACCAUGUCGACCACUCAUACCACCCAUACGAAUCAGACUCGCGCUGCUUUUCUUUUGAAUGAGGAUCUGAACGCGAUACUGUUUGCCCAUGGUGCGGACUGCUUUCGUGCAUGGGACCAGAGGCUGAUGGAGAAGGAGGAAGAACUAAAGUCAAAUGUUAGGGACGCUGUGAUCGCGAGAAAGUGUGGACAGCAGAUAAGCGAUGGUGCUGCCCUCGAGAAUGAAAUCGUAAGCUUGGUCGAUAAAUUGCAGCAAGUGGAACAGGAUAUGGAUAAGGCAUUGGACAAUAAGAGACUCCAGCAAUGGGAUAAACUGCAGCAAGAGCAGAUCCAACUGGAAAAUCUGAUUAAAGCCAAUUGGGAGAAUGCCAAAGAGUGUAAAGAGUCAGCGAUGGCGAUGAUUGCCACAUGCGAACAACGAAAUCAGAAUAUCCAAACUCUAACCGAUGAACUGAAGCGCCUUCAGGAAGUGGUGACGCAACAGAAAUUCACAGCCCGCCAAUUGAAUGAGCUGCAGGUCCACUUCACCGAUCGGCAGAAUGUGAACGAAGCUCAUAAACGUAGCAUCAUCGAAGGCAACGAGCGUGCCCUUAACCAGCAGGUAAUGUUGGCACGUUCCAAGAAGAACCUUCUCGAUAAGGUCGAGCUGUUUAACUUCGAUGUGCGCCAAAUAGCCCAGGAGCAGCUCCAGCCUCAGGAAGAUCAUCUGGAGUUGUCGCUGUCGCUCAAACCACAAAGCGACGAUUUGCCCGAACGACGUCGUCAGCUUACCCAGCUGGCCCAUCAACUGGGCAAACGUAUCUCAAGUCAUCAGCAACAGAUUCAGCAGCUGGAACGCCAGAAGCAUGAUUAUAGCCUGAAAACUAUGGAACUGGAAACCGAGAUGUCCAAACUGGUGUCUGAUCUGAAAGCCCAGGAACAACAAUUAGCCCAACUGGUCCAUGAAUAUCGCAACCAGCGUGGCAUAACCGAACAGCAGGAACAAACGCUUGCAGAACAGAAAUAUGAGCUGACUUCCCGCAUCGGAGAGCUAACCCUGGCUAAGGACAAUGCUACGCAAUCCCUAGAGGCCAAGAAGGAAAUGAACUUGCAAUAUUUAGAGACCGCUGAGAUUUAUCAGUCGACCAGGAUUAAGGCUCGACAGGAUUUCUGCGAUGCAUACGAAAAGCAAUUGGAUUCGGCCGAAAAAUCUCUCGAUACAAUCGAUUUGGCAAUUUCUCAAACUAAAACGCUCAUUGAGCAGUCCCAGCAGGAUCUAGAAAAUGGACAAUUGCCAUCAUUGGAUCGCCUACGUUCAAGUCUAUUGGAAUAGGAGACACUCCACUCCACUCCACCUUUGGGUCAUGAUUUGUUAAUGUUAUUUAUCUUAUACUUUAGAGGAAUUUUAUGAAUUUUUAUCUCACAAAAAUGAAUU